AAUCAGAAAGGAGACAGCUAAAAUGGUUGUGUUCGGAAGAAUUUCUCAAGCCCUUUUGCGGUCUUCAUUGAGUCAGAGCCGUCAACUCUCUGUCUCAGCAGCCCAUGGUCAUGGAGAGAAAGCAGCCAGAACAUGGAAGAUCCUGUCCUUUGUGGUGGCUCUCCCAGGGGUUGCAGUGUGCAUGUUAAACAUGUACCUGAAGAUGCAUGAGCAUGCUGCACAUCAUGUGGAGCCUGAGUUUGUUCCCUAUAGUCACCUCCGCAUUCGCAGCAAGCGUUUCCCUUGGGGUGAUGGCAACAAGAGCCUGUUCCACAACCCUGAAGUUAAUCCCCUUCCCGAUGGUUAUGAGGGUCGCUAGGAGUGAUCUCCCUCCAGACCACCCCAAACGCUGGAACCAGAGUCCUCCCUGCAUUCAUUACUCUGUUACCGGACCACACUCUACAACAGUUUACUCUAUUCAAUUGUUUACCUCUGUGUUUGCCACAAGGGACCUUACAUGUUAUGCACGUUUUGCUGGACCAUUUAAGUUGGAUUUAACUUGAAUAAAUCACUUGGAGAUUCA